AAAACCCCGUGCCACCCUAGCCCACCCACAGUCUGACAGCCUCAGACGGUCCACUCCUUCUAUAACAAUCCGUCACUCAUUUACACCCGCGCAUACACACAACCAACAAACCAAACCCAAAUUCAAACCCCGAUCCAAAACAACAGCAAUCAAAAAUGCAACUCACGACCCUCCUCCUCGCAACCGCCACCCUCCUCGCCUCCACCGUCUCCGCCCAGAGCAAACCCCACGGCAUCGACAUCGGCAACGAGGCCUGCGUGGGCUCCUGUGUCCGCAACCCCAAGCUGUUGACUUGUCCCAAGACCAAGUAUCAACCCGACCAAGGAUGCUACGUCUGUUGCUGGGGGGACGAUGACGCCGACGCGUGGGCGGAUCACAUCCACGAUGACUUUGGGGAUUUCUGAAUGAAACCCAAAGGGGUUGAGGUUGGGGUUGGAUGUACUUUGUCUGGAAGAGUUGGAUUGGGGUGGUUUUCAUGUGAUGUGAUGUGAUGUGAUGGGAGCCACUUGGGUUGGAGUGGUGUCUGGCUUUGCUGGGUAUACGGUGACGAAGCGAGGGCGAGGGCGAGGUUGGG